UUGAAAAAACAGCCCGGAAAUAAGAACUUUGCUACAGUUGGUACAGUUACAUUUUUAGCGGGUUUCUUGGCAUUAAAGUCACCCAUCAUAAUGUCGAUGAGCGCCGUUCAUGGAACACUGUCGAGCCUGAAAUCAUGUCAAGCAGACUUGGGGACGGGAAUGGACAUCGUGUCAGAUUUGGCUUUGGAGCUGACAGAAGCUCAGGAUGAAACAUUGAACCCUGCUGUCAAAGAGAUGGAGGCCAUGAUUCUGGAGUGUGCCAGACUGGACAGUGAAAUUAACUACUUUGUUGAUGUUGUGCAACAAGUCACAAAUGAGGUUGCCUCGCAGCAGCCAGAGGAAAUGUUUAGCCUGUCUGCCAAGGUGAAGGAGCAGUUCACUGAGAGGAUCGCCCGACUCUCUGAUGCUGACCUGCACAGUCACAAGAAAGUAUUAGCCUUCAAGGAGAUCAUCAGCAACUCUCUUAACCAAGCCAACCAAGAGUCAGAAGAGAACAUGGAGGAGCUCGACGAGGAUAUCGCUGUUACACAGAGCCAAGUCAACUUCACCUGCCCACUCACACAGGUGGACAUGGUGAACCCGGUAAAGAAUAAGAAGUGUAACCACCACUAUGAUGAAAAAGCCAUAGUGAACAUGAUCAAAACAAGACACGGCCAGAAUAAGAAAUGCCGCUGUCCUGUGGUGGGCUGCGGAAACACAGAUGUGAGGGAGUCGGACCUCAUUCCUGACCAGAUACUGAGGAGAAAGAUCCAAAGCCAUAAGAGACAAAGCAACCGUACCUAGUGCUCUACGUUUUUAUUGGCAGGGUCAUUCAUCUGAAAACCCAUGUCUUGGUAACUAGCUGUAUAUUGUUGUAUUUUGGGACAGCUAGUUUUAUCAGAGUUUGGUUGAGCAGGUUGUGAGCCUACAUUGGCUGAUGUUUGUAAAAAUGUACAGUUCUUUUCAUUGAGAGAUUUAUACCUCAGGAAAACUGUUGUCCAGUUGAAUUUGAAUUUUACAGCAGAUUAUUUCAACUAGAGUGUUUUGUGUACUUCAGAGUUACCGAAUGUAAAUAAAGGUUCAAAAUUGGUUAUAUUAUUCCA